AUGGUGAAUACGUUUUUCUACAUGCCGUCGAGGGAGCACUGGAACGUUCGGGCAGGCUUUGCGUUCGUGAAUUUCAUAUCGCCGAUGGAUGUGCUCGUCUUGGAUGCGGAAGCGUCGACGGGCCUCGAGGAUGCGUGCGGCAACCCCCCCACGAAGUUGUUUACUGUGAGCUACUCCCGCUUCCAGGGCCACGAGGCCCUUGAGGUGAUAUUCAAGCCCGAGAUGGACAACCAGUGCUCAUCGGAAUCGAGACCCUGUCAGGCCUCGAAAUCCUUGGACGACUUCGCGUGCAGGGACGAGUGCUGGACCCGUCAGAAGAGCAGCCUGUCGACAGGGCCCCUGCUCCAGGACGACGACGCGGGCCUGAUGCGCCAGCAGAGCGCCGCGUCUUCCGCUGCGACCUGCCUGAACGACGACGCGGACGCCUUUCGUCGACAGGAGAGCAGCACGAGCGCCAGCUCCUCGUCCGCGGCCGGGCCCGCCCUCGAGGCCCAGCCGCCGCGGCCCGCUCGUGCUGCCUGCAGCUUCCCGUGGGGCCUCGUGGGAUCUUACAUGCCCUCCGCUUCCCGCGGGUGA